GCGGAAGUGGUGGGGCUGUUAAAUCACUUCCGCCGGGCGGCGUCUUCCUUUUGCCGCGGGGCCGUGACGGGAAAUGGCGGCUCAGAUCUCGAAGAAGCGAAAGUUCGUGGCCGACGGGAUCUUCAAGGCCGAGCUCAACGAGUUCCUGACCCGCGAGUUGGCCGAGGACGGCUACAGCGGCGUGGAGGUGCGCGUCACCCCGACCCGGACCGAGAUCAUCAUCCUGGCCACCAGGACUCAGAAUGUGCUUGGUGAGAAAGGUCGCCGAAUCCGUGAGCUGACUGCUGUAGUUCAGAAGAGAUUUGGUUUCCCUGAAGGAAGUGUGGAGCUCUAUGCUGAAAAGGUUGCCACUCGGGGGCUUUGUGCCAUUGCACAGGCAGAAUCUCUGCGCUACAAGUUGCUCGGAGGCCUGGCUGUACGAAGAGCCUGCUAUGGUGUUCUCCGCUUCAUCAUGGAGAGUGGUGCCAAGGGCUGCGAGGUAGUAGUUUCCGGAAAACUUCGAGGCCAGAGAGCCAAGUCCAUGAAGUUUGUUGACGGUCUAAUGAUCCACAGUGGUGAUCCUGUGAACUACUAUGUCGAUACAGCUGUGCGUCAUGUACUGCUAAGGCAAGGUGUAUUGGGCAUUAAAGUUAAAAUAAUGCUACCAUGGGACCCAAGUGGUAAAAUUGGGCCCAAGAAACCUCUCCCUGAUCACGUCAGCAUUGUCGAGCCCAAGGACGAAAUCUUGCCAACUACACCCAUUUCAGAACAGAAAGGAGGCAAACCAGAGCAGCCUGUGAUCCAGCAGCCUGGGCCAGUUCCUACUGCAUAAUUGGUAUGAAAUCACCUAAAAGUUAAUUUUCUGUAAUUAUUCCAAUAAAACAGAACAAAAAUAA